AUGGCGCCAGUUGUGAGUAGUUAUUGGAAGGAGGGCACCUUUGUAAAUAAGGUGGUGUUUUGCACAGGCGGAUCUGGAACGAUAUGCUCUGGACAAGUGCGCGCACUGGUCACGUUGGGUGCUGAUGCGUGUAUCGUCGGUCGAAAUACCGAAAAGGUUCAGAGGGUCGCUGCCGAUAUCACAAAACAGAGAACCGGAAGUAAAGUGAUAGGCAUCGGGAACGUCGAUGUUAGAGAUUUCAGCAAGGUCAAGGCCGCAGUUGAGACAUGUGUUGAACAAUUGGGAAGCAUUGAUUUCGUCAUAGCGGGAGCGGCUGGAAACUUCCUAGCUCCCAUCUCGGAUCUAUCACUGAACGCGUUCAAGACGGUCAUCGACAUCGACUUGAUCGGUUCUUGGAUUACUGUCAAAGCGACCCUGCCCUAUCUAUUGAAGUCGGCAGAGAAGUAUAGAAAUGACGGUAAAUCAUUAUCCAACGGCACCGGCGGUCGCAUUAUCUUCGUCAGCUCGACGAACUAUCGCAGUGCCAGAGUUGCCCAAGCCCAUGUUUGUGCCGCAAAGGCGGGCGUGAACGCCAUUUCCGAUGUCCUGUCAUUGGAAUAUGGCCCUCGAGGCAUGACUUCGAACAUUAUCGCUCCGGGACCUAUCGACGAGACAGAAGGCAUCCGCCGCUUGUCUGACCCAGCAUUGCGUGACGAAGCUAUUCGCAGUGUACCGCUCCAACGGUUCGGACUUAUCAAAGAUAUUGCCGACGCAACGGUUUUUCUCUUUGGUGAUACAGGCAACUUUAUAAAUGGAGCAUGCCUGGACGUCGACGGGGGUGCAUGGCGUGUCAAAGGAGGAGGACAGUGGGGCAAUAGAAGUUAUCCAGACUCUAUACAAACCCCAGAGUCCCUAAGUCGCAAAGCCCUCAGCAAAUUAUAA